GGGGAUAUAAGCAAAACCAUCUCUGCUUGUACCUUUAGUGUUCUUAUAAAUAAUGGUCACUUUGUUGCAAAUCCAGUCUUUAACAGUUCAAGCACACCUGGAUAACCCAACAAAAUAUCACUUGCAGCAAUCGCAAAGACAGCAAGUAAAGCAAUACUUAACUAUUGGGAAUACAUUUUCAGCACCGGCACUGUCCUAUUCACAUGCUCAACCUGCAGGAGUAACUCCCCCACUACAGAAUGGACAUAUGUCUCCUGUGGCAGAAAGCUGUACACCAAAUGGCACCAUAUCUAAUAUACUGAAUUUAGGGAACAACCAUGAAAAUGAGAUGGAAGACGUUAUUGAUGACAUAAUUGGUUUGGAAACAAGUUUCAAUGAUGAUGGCCUGAACUGUACAGAACCUACACUGCUAAUGCCAAAUAAUCUUCCAUUAUCUAGCAGGAUUUUGGAUGUCUAUAAUUCUGACCAUAGCAGUUCCAAUUCCACCAUGGGGCUGUCCAACACAUCUGGUGUAAAGAGGGAAGUUACAGAUACAGAUACAAGAGCAUUGGCCAAAGAAAGGCAGAAGAAGGACAACCAUAAUCUUAUUGAACGGAGGAGACGUUAUAAUAUUAACUACAGGAUUAAAGAACUUGGAACACUGAUCCCAAAGUCAAAUGACCCUGAUAUGCGCUGGAACAAAGGAACUAUUUUAAAAGCUUCAGUUGAAUACAUCAAGUGGCUACAAAAAGAACAACAAAGAGGUAGAGAAUUAGAACACAGACAGAAAAAAUUAGAACAAGCCAACAGAAGAUUGCUGCUGCGUAUUCAGGAACUUGAGAUGCAAGCCAGAGCUCAUGGUUUGCCAAUGCCGGCAAUGUGCACAGUAGAAUUAGCUUCACAAGUCAUCAAGCAGCAAACAUAUGGAGAGAACAUGUCCGAAGAUUAUGUUCAUCCACUUCCCAUGUCUAUUGGACAAUCAAGUGACUUAUGCGAUGGGUCAACAGGAUAUUCAGAUCCACUCUCACACUUUACAGAUCUAUCCUUCAGUGCUGCCUUAAAGGAACAGAUGUUAGAAGAAUUGUCUCCAUAUGGAACUGACCCCUUUCUGUCUGCAACAUCGCCUGACCUUUCCAAAGAAAGCAGCAGGAGAAGCAGUUUCAGCUCUGACGAUGGAGAUGAAUUAUAAACUCAAAGGACAGAUCCCAAAGACAAUCAGUAACACACAACCUGUUACCAGGACUUUUCUUAUGUUUUAAACCUUACAAAGAGCCAAAAAGGAAAAAUAAAUUUUCAGUACAGGGAAAAAAUACAGAAUGAACUCCAUUCUCUAAAACAUGAAUGUCAAAGUGACAUAUUUGUAUAUUAUAUUUUACACCAAUUAAAUUACAUGGGCCUAAGUGAUUUUCCACUAUCACAGCUCCAAUUAGUAAAUACGGCUCAACAUGUUUACCUUGGGGCUAAUAAUCACCUGGAGACUGGAUGGAAAAGCCUUAAUAAUUUUGUGCACAUAUAUUACAAUAUAACAUUUCUCACUUGUCAUUAAGUUGCCAUUUUGCUCCUUUAGUAAAUGGAUCAUCCUGUUAGCAAAUGUAAUUAAGAGAAUUUGAAGGCCAUAGCAACAGAUAUUUACUGCAAAAAGUACUAUUCUUACACUCCAGUCUAAUGAAAAUGUUGUGGCCUUUAAAAUGGGAAGAACUUAUUUCCAUUUUUCUAAUUUCAUAGUUGACUCGGAUGUUCAGGAGGAAAUUGCUGUUCUAUAUUUCUGCUGCACCCUUCUCCAGAAGAAUUUUAACUGUUUUGAACAAUCGGCUUUCACUGUCUCAUUAAUACAUUGAUAAUUGAGUUUAUGCUCCACGCAUACGGUCCUCUGGAAAGCACUGUGUUGUCAUGUGUCAUACUGUGAUACUGGAUAAUAAGCAAUGAGCCUAAUAGAUGGACCCCGGUGCAGACAAAAAUAACAACUGGCAUUUCUCUAGCACACAUUUUGACCUUAAACUUCUCUUCUUUUUUUUGGCUGCACUAGUUUUAAUUCAUUAAACCCAAUAAGCGUAUUUGUGAACAGUACAACAUUAUUAAAGUUUUGUCUACAGUGUGCCAUGAACCUUAACUCAAUGGAGUUCAGCUACUAGGCUAUGCUAGGAAACCUGGUAUAAGCCUUUUAGAAAAUAAUUCUCACAGUUUGCUACUUGCAAGCCAUGCCAUGUUUUCUCCGACUGUUACAGAAAAAACUCUAAAUUUGAAUGCAAUUACGGCAUAAAACUUUUGUAACUACACUACUAUGUCUUGAUGUGGUUUAUAAGAAGCCACCAGUUGCUAUAUAGCUGGACUCCACUAUACAAUCUGAUUUUAUAGAACUAGCACUUUUUUGAUAGGAGUCAAAUAGUAUCCAUAUAAGUAUACGCUGCAUGACAUUUGUAUUGUCAGAUAGGACCCCUGCUUAAAUAAAACAGUUUUUCAUAUUUUUUCAUGGAUAAAAGCCAUCUGGACCACACAUUGCCUCUAAAUUACUAUAGUCUUUGUAAACAGUAUUUAAACACUAGCUCAUAUAGCUACGCUACAUGCAACUUGGCUGUGAUGUCCUAUUAGUCUCUAAUGUGUUCACCUUACCUUUCCUUGAAUUUAGUCAAAUAUUCAGAUUCUUUAUGAUCCAAAUUAAACACAAUAUUGCAACAUGCUAACAAAACCUCAACAGACUGCAGUUCACAU